AGUUACCACUCUUAGAUGGGUUGCUGCGGAACAAUAUAAAAUUAUCGUUGGUUUUACAAACAUUAGGACAGAGGAGAAGAACACCGGUUGAUCAGUUUCCAGUUCCUUGUGGUACUGAUUCGACAACGAAAUCGAUCAACUUGAAGGGCGUUUUGCAUGAUUUCUAAUAAAAUAUCAAAGGCUACCUCUUCAAAUACUAUGGAUGUUCUCUCCAGUGAAAAAUAUCUUAUAGCUCGGGCAAAACAAACGUCCGAUCCGUACACAGCGAAGGCGUGGAUUAUCGCAGCAAAAACGCUUUUCCCAAAUGAUUUCGGCGUACAGUUCGAAGCCUAUGAAAUUGAGAAAAACGCCAAAAACUUCGAGGAGGCCGCGAAAUGUUUGAGCUACAUUAUUAUGACAUUCCAAAAUGCACUUCAAACGCCGGCUAGUUUACUGAACGAAAUAUCUUUGAUGACGUCAGCACUACGAGUUCCCGAAGGCACAACUACACAGGAACAAGAAUUUUACGUUAAAAUGUUCCAGUACAUUUCCUAUGAAGUGCAGCAUAAAAUUUUGCUUUUGACGGCCGCUCAUUCGAAUAACAACUUGGAUCAUUGUCGUUUGAUUGUUCUGCUCUUGAAACGAUUUCCGCAAGCUAUUUCGACGCAUGCUCCUCGACUUGUUGAUACUUUGGUGCAAAACAUCGCUAUACCCAAUUUCAAAGAGAUGCUAGUACAGGAAGCCAUUCCACUGAUUUUUAACCGGCCUCCGGAUUUGCCCAACAAACUGGUUCACCAGAUUUUGGCUAUAUGCUUUGAGUACUAUCUAAACCAAAUGCUUUCGGAUACUGAGGACAAGAAUCGAUUGAUCGCCGAAUGCUGGCGUAAAAUUUUCGAAGUAAUGGACUUCUGCGGAAAGAUUCUUAAAUGGGAACCGUUUGUGCCUUACAAAAAGGGAUGGAGUAAAGAUAUUUACUGGCAAAAGAUAAUCCAGAUUGUGCAAUCGGCACCACCAAGACCGUCGGAAAAUAAGCAGAUCUUGUUUUGCGCAACAAUUGUGUUCGUGCUUUCGCUACAAGAGUACAUAAAUUUUUCUCGUUUAAAAGGCAAGGAUAGUGAAAUCGAAGUCAUACUGGUUGAAGGUCUGAAAGAUCUAAAAAUUGACAUGAAACGUAGGCAACUGGAACCGGUUUUAGAGAUACCACAGGUGGUCGUGAAUGGCCCUGUGAAUCCGGAUGCCCCUAAUUGUCUGGUUACAUCUUAUAACUGCUGGCAAUUGCUGCACUCCAAUGAAAUUCUUAAAGCUGAUUUCACUCAGCUUAUCAUUUGCAUUCCAGCAUUGUCCUUGUGGAUACAAAAGUUUUUGAUGGAUUUAUCGGUAUAUGUGGGUCAGCACGAAGAGACUCAUACACUGCUCCAAUCACCGAAUGCUCGCGGUAUGUCCCAGUUGGAGAAAAACGUUCGCUUGUUCGGAUUAGCAUUGGUGCAAGGAAGUAUCAACGUACAUCUUUUUGAGUUGAUGAACAGUAUUCUGCAGAAUUUACCAACGGUCAACGGCACUUACCUGCAAAGCAUUUCACUUUUCCCUGCUCCUAGAGUGCUCAUGUUGAUGCCCCUAACGAAACGUUCCAUUCUUCACUAUGUAGUGCAAACACUUAUCACAUUAUUGAAAGCGAAGCUGGGCGAUCCUGAAUGCUCCAGUACUGUGAUGGGAAACCUGUUGGUGCUUUGUCAACUUAAUUGGCCUCACGAAUCUACCAUCGUGGAAAUAAUUUUCGAAAUAAUCAAAUCCAGGCGGCAAUUUACAUAUCUUCUGUUCAAUAGUUAUAUUAUUAACGUGGAAAUCGUGGAGGAGUUUAUGUAUUUGUUACAGAAAUGUCCCGAGGUGAAGCUUGAGUUUGCCGUUCCACAGAGUGGUGGAAAUCUUGCUGCGGCAGGAUCACGUCGAAUCGGGACGCGUGGAUCGGACAAAGGAGUUAAGGAAGAUUUCAAGCAGCUUAUCAGGCAACAAAUUGGGCGAUGUAAUGAUGAUUUGGAUGAACUGCUGGUGCAGUUCUUGCAGCAACAACAUUUAGUCUUGCUUCAAAACAUUUUCGAAAAGUAACAUAUUUACGUAACCGCGGAUGAAUAAAAUUAAGAUAAUAAAUUUUUAUAAAACGUCGUCGU